GACCAGUUUGACAACCUGGAGAAGCACACGCAGUGGGGCAUCGACGUCCUGGAGCGGUACAUCAAGUUCGUGAAGGAGCGGACCGAGAUCGAGCUCAGCUAUGCCAAGCAGCUCAGGAAUCUUUCGAAGAAGUACCAACCAAAAAAGAGCUCCAAGGAGGAGGAAGAGUACAGGUACACGUCGUGCCGAGCCUUCUUGUCCACCCUGCACGAGACCGGCGACUACGCUGGGCAGCACGAGGUCAUCUCGGAGAACAUGACGGCGCAGAUCCUGGCCGACCUGGCCCGCUACGUCCAGGAGCUGAAGCAGGAGCGGAAAGCGAACUUCCAUGAUGGGCGGAAAGCGCAGCAGCACAUUGAGACUUGCUGGAAGCAGCUCGAAUCCAGCAAGCGGCGGUUCGAGCGGGACUGCAAGGAGGCGGAGCGGGCGCAGCAGUACUUCGAGAAGAUGGACGCGGACAUCAACGUCACCAAGGCCGACGUGGAGAAGGCGCGGCAGCAGGCUCAGAUCCGACACCAGAUGGCAGAGGACAGCAGAGCCGACUACUCCUCCAUCCUGCAGAAGUUCAACCAGGAGCAGCACGAGUACUACCACACCCACAUCCCCAACAUCUUCCAGAAAAUCCAAGAGAUGGAGGAGCGGCGCAUCGUGAAGAUCGGCGAGAGCAUGAAGACCUACGCCGAGGUGGACCGGCAGGUGAUCCCCAUCAUCGGCAAGUGCCUGGACGGCAUCGUGACGGCCGCCGAGGCCAUCGACCAGAAGAGUGACUCACAGCUGGUGAUCGAAGCUUACAAGUCAGGCUUCGAGCCUCCCGGGGACAUCGAGUUUGAGGAUUACACGCAGCCCAUGAAGCGCACGGUGUCGGACAACAGCCUGUCCAACCCCCGCGGGGACGGCAAGCCCGAGCUCAAGUUCGGCGGCAAAUCCAAGGGGAAGCUGUGGCCGUUCAUCAAGAAAAACAAGCUUGUGUCCCUUUUAACGUCCCCCCAUCAGCCCCCCCCUCCGCCCCCCACCUCCGCCUCACCCUCUGCUGUUCCCAACGGCCCUCAGUCUCCCAAGCAGCCAAAGGAGCCCCUCUCCCAUCGCUUCAACGAGUUCAUGACCUCCAAACCCAAAAUGCACUGCUUCAGGAGUCUAAAGCGAGGGCUCUCUCUCAAGCUGGGGGCAGCACCCGAGGACUUCAGCAACCUCCCGCCCGAGCAGAGGAGGAAGAAGCUGCAGCAGAAAGUGGACGAGCUGAACAAGGAGAUUCAGAAGGAGAUGGAUCAGAGAGACGCCAUCACCAAGAUGAAGGGCGUCUACCUGAAGAACCCGCAGAUGGGGGACCCGGCCAGCCUGGACCACAAGCUCGCGGAGGUCACACAGACCGCAGAGCGGCUGCGGCUCGAGGCGCAGAAAUUUGAGGCCUGGCUGGCGGAGGUCGAGGGCCGCCUCCCCGGGAGAGGUGACCCGGGUCGCAGGCAGAGCGGGAUGUACGAGGGCCAGCAGCCGCCGGCCGGGCACAACUGCGCCCAGGACCGAGAGAGCCCGGAUGGCAGCUACACGGAGGAGCAGAGCCAGGAGAGCGAGGUGAAGGUGCUGGCCGCGGACUUUGACGACGAGUUUGAUGACGAGGAGCCGCUGCCUGCCAUUGGGACCUGCAAGGCCCUCUACAUGUUUGAAGGUCAGAACGAAGGGACCAUCUCGGUGGCUGAGGGAGAAACGCUGUACGUCAUCGAGGAAGACAAAGGGGACGGGUGGACGCGCAUCCGGAGAAAGGAGGACGAGGAGGGCUACGUCCCCACCUCGUACGUCGAAGUCUAUUUGGACAAAAACGCCAAAGAUCCCUAAAGCGGGGACCUAGAUGGGACCGGGAGCCGUCCCAGGAGCCUCUGCCGGCCGCCAGCGCCCGGAUUGCCCGUCCGGCUGAGGGCGCCCUCGACGCCGCUCGCAGCCGCGUCCCCUCCUUUCCCAGCAUGCACCUUGGGCCCCUCGAGGGACCGGCCUUGCUGUCCCCGCGGCUGGGCCCCCGGCUGCCGCACCCUGCCCGCCCCGCCCGCCUCACACUGUGCCUUCCGAGGACGUGGCGCACAAGGAGCCCCGCCCCGGCGUGACGGCCGCGUGUCUGCCGAGGACCUGGUGGCCCUCCCGUCCUCUGCCUCCGGCCGACGCUGACCUUGCCGCACUUUCGGGGCCCAGGGCGCCCCGCCCCACUGAGGUGCCGCGUGCCGGCCUCGCCCGGCCUCGGGGAGCCGCAGGUGCGGUGACAGCCGCCGCGGUGACGGCGGCCCCGGACAGUAAACCACGUCCGCGUCCGAGGGAAGCGCGGUCUCGGGGCCCCCCUCCCCGCAGGGACAGAACCACUCGGCCCCCAGGCCCGGGCUGGGGCGAGCUUCGGCCUGGAGUGUCCCCCCCGUGAAUCUGAGCCGGGCGGUGGGCACCGCGGGGGCAGGUCCUGAGGUCAGGCCGCCCGGCCGGGCAGUUAGGAGGCUGUAGCAGCCGGGCAAUGCCAAGGGGCGUGGUGGGCACGGAGCAGCCCGGGGCGACACUGGCCCGCACCUCCCCCACGAGCCAAGGUUCCGGCCCCACCGCGGCGCUCACAGCCACCGUGCGUCCCCAGGGCUCCUCUGUCGUGGGCGACCAGGGGGGUCGGCUGUGCGUGUGCCUGGCGUCGCUCCCCGACGGGUCGCCCCUCCCUGCGGGGCUCCGUCCCUCUCCUGCCUGUCCCACCCGUGGGGCUCGCUCCUGCCCUCCUGGGGCCCUCCCGCGCUCCUGUUUCCUUUUCAAGCCUUUGUACUGUGUCCGAAAAUGAAGGAAGAGGCCUUUCCCAGCCCGAUCACGUGGUGAUGUGGGAGCAACCUCUGCAGCACCCUGCCGCGGGGUCCUCCUUCCCACGCUCCGCCUGCCCUCUCCACCCCUGCUGAGAUGCUGUGAGAAGGACUCAUCAGAGCCCGGCUUGACGCUCGCCUGUAAUCCCAGCACGCAGGAGGCUGAGGCAGGAGGAGCGACAAGAGUUCGAGGCCAGCCUGGGCUACAUAGGAGACCUUAAGGAAUGACUCCUUCCAAACGCUCCUGCCUGAACAGGACUUACAGCCCCCCUGCAGAAGAGGAAUGUGUCCUCCCCCUGGGCUUCCUCUGCAGGAUGAGGGGAGGACACCGAGGCACGGGAGCUGUCCCGGGCUUCUCCCCACAGGCUGGUGUGCUGUGUGGCCAGCGUGGCACCGGGCUCUUCGCGCCUGCCCUAACCCUGUCCUUGUGGCGGGGAGUUCACGCGACCAGCUGAUGCCAGUGCCAGGAAUCGUGGUCUUGGUUUCUCACGGGCUCUGUCUCCAGUGUUUCUAACACCAAAAAAUGUCCAGAUCCAAAACGCUGUCUUCACCUGGCGUGGGACACCAUGCGUGCGUGCGUGCGUGCGUGCGUGUGUGCGUGUGUGCGUGAGUGUUGCACUAACCCGAGCUUUGGGGCCCGGCAGUGUCGUGCUGGCCCGUCGCCUUGUACAGGUCCUGGAUCUGCCCGUUUGUCUCGAGAUGGAACUAAAACCAAAUCAGUGCUUCCCUCAGAGGCUUGCACUGACCUUGUAACUCUAUGUUCAUCUCAAAAUGGUAAAUAAAACACGACUUCCCUGUA